GGGCAGCACCGACACCAACCGGAAGCCUCUAAUAACUCAGCAGAAGUGCUGAACCCUCCAACAUGGCGCUAGACGGAAUAGAUCAUAUGGAGUUGGAGGACAGUAAAGGCGGCUCCGGCCUCAGACAGUAUUACCUCUCCAAAAUCGAGGAGUUACAGCUGACAGUAAACGAGAAGAGCCAAAACCUCCGGCGUCUGCAGGCCCAAAGGAAUGAGCUUAAUGCUAAAGUGCGUCUCCUUCGUGAGGAGCUGCAGCUGCUGCAGGAACAGGGUUCUUACGUGGGUGAGGUGGUCAGAGCCAUGGACAAGAAGAAAGUGCUGGUGAAGGUUCAUCCUGAGGGGAAGUUUGUGGUGGACGUGGACAAGAACAUUGACAUCAAUGAUGUGACCCCAAACUGCAGAGUAGCGCUCAGGAACGACAGCUACACCCUGCACAAGAUCCUUCCCAACAAAGUGGACCCACUGGUGUCGCUCAUGAUGGUGGAGAAGGUUCCUGACUCCACCUACGAGAUGAUCGGCGGCCUGGACAAGCAGAUCAAAGAGAUUAAGGAGGUGAUCGAGCUGCCCGUUAAGCACCCCGAGCUCUUCGAGGCGCUCGGUAUCGCUCAGCCGAAGGGUGUGCUGCUGUACGGACCUCCUGGCACCGGGAAGACCCUGCUGGCCCGAGCCGUGGCUCACCACACCGACUGCACGUUCAUUCGAGUGUCCGGUUCUGAGCUGGUGCAGAAGUUUAUUGGAGAGGGAGCUCGGAUGGUGCGCGAGCUGUUCGUCAUGGCUCGUGAACACGCCCCCUCCAUCAUCUUCAUGGACGAGAUCGACUCCAUCGGUUCCUCGCGUCUGGAGGGAGGAUCCGGGGGAGACAGCGAGGUUCAGCGCACCAUGCUGGAGCUCCUCAACCAGCUGGAUGGUUUCGAGGCCACCAAGAACAUCAAGGUCAUCAUGGCCACCAACCGUAUCGACAUCCUGGACUCGGCUCUGCUCCGACCCGGCCGCAUCGACCGCAAGAUCGAGUUCCCCCCUCCCAACGAGGAGGCCCGUCUGGACAUCCUGAAGAUCCACUCGCGCAAAAUGAACCUGACCAGGGGGAUUAACCUGCGCAAGAUUGCUGAGCUCAUGCCGGGGGCAUCAGGCGCCGAGGUGAAGGGUGUUUGUACAGAAGCUGGCAUGUACGCCCUGCGAGAGAGGAGGGUCCACGUCACCCAGGAGGACUUUGAGAUGGCGGUUGCGAAGGUGAUGCAGAAGGACAGUGAGAAGAACAUGUCCAUCAAGAAGCUCUGGAAGUAAAAUCUUUCAUCUGCGCCGUCUCGGAACCGACCCUGUAUUUUGUUUUUCUUUCUUCAACUUCACUGAUGUUCUCUAAAUUUAUUUUAAAUAAAUUGUGUCUCUGGCUUGGA